AUGGAAGUUGUGUUAUCUAUCAAACAUGUGCCACAAAAUCUAUACAAACAAGUUGGGGUGAAGGAGUAUUUUUAUGUUCAUAUAUGUCAUCAUCAACUUCAAACAACAAAAACAUUUUUGAAGAUUCAACAGUCUUUGAUUGUGGUGAAGGAGGAAGACACAACAGAAAAUGCAGAAAUUUUAUUUGAAGAAGAAGUUAGACAAAUUACUGAACCGCAGAAAGAAUAUGAACUAGACCAGUUGGAACAAGCUGAUUUAAUAAGAGAUUAUAAAGAAUAUGAACUCGCUAAGAUUGCAAUAGAAGCAGCAGAAAAGAAGUUAAAGGUAUGGGGUCAUUAUGCACAAAAAUAUUAUGAGUAA